AUGGCAGGCAUCUUCGAGGCUCCGCGAAACGCGGACACUCUCUUCUUGGGCGGACAGAAAAUCACCGGUGCCGAUGUCCGUGAGCAGAAUGUGCUCGCGACCCAGGCUAUCUCAAAUGUCAUCAAGAGCUCUUUCGGUCCCUCGGGCUUGGACAAGAUGAUGGUGGACGACAUAGGGGAUGUGACCGUGACAAACGAUGGCGCUACAAUUCUCUCGCUACUGGAUAUUGAGCACCCUGCGGGCAAGAUCCUGGUGGACCUGGCCCAGCAACAGGAUAAGGAGGUCGGUGAUGGCACAACUUCGGUUGUCCUGAUUGCCUCAGAGCUCCUGCGCCGAGGCAACGAAUUGAUGAAGAACCGGAUACACCCCACCACCAUCAUCAACGGAUACCGUCUCGCGCUUCGGGAAGCCGUGAAGUAUAUGAACGAGAACGUGACAACGAAAGUGGACAACCUAGGCAGGGACAGCCUGGUCAACAUUGCGAAGACCUCUAUGUCUAGCAAGAUCAUUGGAGGCGACUCGGAGUUUUUCUCCAACCUGUGCGUGGACGCCAUGCUUCAGGUUAAGUCGACAAACCAAAGGGGAGAGACCAAGUACCCAGUCAAGGCUGUGAACCUUCUCAAGGCUCACGGAAAGAGCGGUACUGAGUCCGUUCUUGUCCAAGGUUACGCCCUGAACUGCACUGUUGCCUCCCAGGCCAUGACGACCCGCGUCACCGAUGCCAAGAUCGCCUGUCUGGAUAUGAACUUGCAGAAGGAGCGCAUGAAGUUGGGCGUGCAAAUCACAGUCGAGGACCCCGAUCAACUGGAGAAGAUCCGUGAGCGCGAAGCCGGUAUUGUUCUGGAACGUGUUGAUAUGAUCUUGAAGUCCGGUGCCAACGUUAUCCUGACGACCAAGGGUAUCGACGAUAUGGUCCUGAAGAGUUUUGUUGAGAAGGGAGCCAUGGCCGUCCGCCGUUGCAAGAAGGAGGAUCUUCGCCGCAUUGCCAAGGCCUCCGGUGCCACUCUCAUCAGCACCCUGUCCGACUUGAACGGAGAUGAGAAGUUCGAUUCGUCAUACCUCGGCCACGCUGAGGAGGUUGUCCAGGAGCGUAUUUCGGACGACGAGUGCAUUCUGGUCAAGGGCACUAAGGUUCACACAUCCGCCUCUAUCAUCCUCCGUGGCGCCAACGAGUACAGCUUGGACGAGAUGGAACGUUCCGUCCACGACACCCUGUGUGCCAUCAAGCGCACUCUGGAGAGUGGCAGCAUCGUCCCCGGUGGUGGUGCCGUUGAGACUGCCCUUCACAUCUACCUCGAGGAGUUCGCCGUCACAGUGGGCUCUCGGGAGCAACUCGCCAUCGGUGAAUUCGCCCAGUCGCUGCUCGUCAUUCCCAAGACCCUUGCCGUCAAUGCGGCCAAGGACUCAUCCGAGCUUGUCGCUCAACUCCGUGUUCGCCACGCCCUGUCACAGCGUGUACAGGAUGGUGAUGCCAACGAGGAGGAGAAGGCUAUCGCCAAGAAGAAGACCUACCGCAACUACGGUCUGGAUCUUGCGAAGGGACGCGUUCACGACACUCUCAAGGCCGGUGUUCUAGAGCCCAGCAUGAGCAAGAUCAAGCAGCUCAAGAGUGCUGUCGAGGCCUGCAUUGCUAUCAUGCGUAUUGAUACUAUCAUCAAGCUGGACCCCGAGCAGCCGCAGGAUGACGGCCACGGUCACUAA